GUCAUAGUAAAUUCGAAAAUUUCGAACAUGGUAGUUGUGAAAUUCUACGCUCACACAUGAAUGCAAUUAGCGUAUACACAUCAUAACGCACACACACACAGUCACACAAUAAUGGACAAAGGCGAAAAAAUACACAUAUUUGCUCAGCUCAUGCCAAACAAAGUGGUACUAGAUUUGCGCUUUAUUUUGUUGCACCACUGAUCCGAGCCAAAAAGAACUCACUGUUUCAUGAGAGCUAUUGAAAGAGAGAGCGAGAGAAACCAGUCGAACAUAAAAAAAGACAAUCUGAUUUCUUGCACACACAUUUUUAUUUCCAUCUACUUGAAUAAUUAACCACACGAAAAAAAAACGCCAAAUGUCUUUAUUACGAGCGAUUUCGUUGUAGUUGUGUCUGUGUCCGCCAUUUAAUAAACUUGAAAAAUAAACAAUAAUACGUUCGAUUUUGGGGUCUUUGAGUCGCAAUAUCAUUAAAAUUCGGUGUGUUCAUACCGAAAACCCAUAAAAAUUGAAAGAAAAAAACGUGUGUAUCGUAUUGUUUUGAAUGUGUCUACAUUUUGUACUUGAAUUUUGGAUUCGCCAUUCGGAUUCAUUGGGCAAUUUCAGGCGAAAAUGGAUAAUGUGAUCAUCUUGCUUUCUUCGGAUGAAGAGGAUAACGAUGGAGGUGUAACAGAUAAAAUCAGGCAGAACAAAAAUAUUGUAAUCAAAAAGGUGAGAGCAUCGAGUGUGCCGCAAAAUGUGAAGAACAUUCCGAUGCAAAAAGUCAGUUUGCAAAAACUUACAACGCCAAUUGUGCACCAGAAAAACACCAACAUCAACACCAAACCAGUCACAGUGAUACAGGCUUUUAGGCAACAGAAUCAACAGCCAGCAUCAGUGCCGAAUCGUCAACAAGCACCGGUGCUGCUGAAGAGUCAACAAUCGCCGCUGUUGUCGCACAAACAAUCAUCACAAUUGUUAAUCAGCACGGUACCGUCAAAGGAUGGAAAACCCGUUGCCAAAAAGCCAACGCCAAGCCUUUCGUCAGGUAUCACAAUCACGCCGGUCAAGCUGAGUACCGUUAUUGCGACAAAUCAUGGCAAUUCCACGGUGUCCAAUAUGGGUACGGUUACAAUCACACCAAGAACUGAUAAGGUGACCAUUGUGCCGAAACCAACGGUGUCGACUGUCAAAUCAACCGUGAAAUCAAUUCAUGUAGCCAUAUCGAAACCAGCAAAACGACGAGUCGUACCGAUCAAAAUCUCGGAUGCAGUCACAAUGCGAGCGAGUAGCAUGGAGAAAAGCAGUGAUUCGGACAUGCUGAGUCGUGAUAGUUCGUCGAUAGCAAACGAUGAAGUCGUUCCGAUCAAUCAAGCUAACGGUACAAAUAAACCCGAAGAAUACGAACCAACAGCCAAACGACCGAGAGUCGUCGAAAAUGCAAAGAGGCCAAUGCACGAAGACUACAUUCGCUUGAUUGAAGUAUGCAAGAGUGCUGAUCCAACGCAGGAUAUGAACAAAAUCGUUACGAAAUUGGAAAAAUACUAUUACCGAGCACACGCGGAUUACGUGAAUUCAAAAAGUUUUCACAGAUUGGUUGAGGGUGUGACAAGCGAAAUUGAAGCACAACCUAAGUUGGUCUAUAUGAAGAUUAACAAUUUGUUGGGGGAAUUGAAAACCAGAAAGCCAAUGGAGAGUGUUGCUGUGGCCACAGAAGAAAACACCAAAAUGAGUGAAGCCGAUGAGAAAAAAGCGAAACAAAUCGAGAAGCUCAGCGGUGCACUGCGAUCUUUACAAUUUAAAAUUCGAAAAUGUGAAGAAGCUGAAGUGGAUUGGGAGGACGAGAUCAAUUCAAAAUACUGUCUGACAGAACGGUACAAGCAGAGAGCCUGCGAGAUUUACAAUAAACUGUGCGAUCUCACCGGUGAAAGCCGAAAUGCCGAACGGAUUUCCAAGAAACCAAUCAAAUUCAAAGGUAUCGGAAUUACGCGGAAAUACCCGGAAUUCAAUCGCAAACUGGAAAAAUUCAUCAAUGAAACCAAGUCAUUUCCCGACAUGUUUGACGUGCUGCGGAUUAUCGACCAUUGCAGUGAACGCUAUCAUUAUCGUAUGAGCGUCACAGAUCGCAAAACAAUUGCUCAAGAGGCCUUCAUGGAAGUGGGAACAUUGUUACAAAAACGCCGCAAAGCCGAUUUGUAUGAAAUGGUGCAAUAUUUCGCAGCGAAUCACAAUGAUCCAGCUAGCGACGAUCCAUUGUUGAAGUCAAAACUGGAAGAGAGUCAACGGCAUUACAACAAACGAAUGAAAGAAGUGAUUGCAAAGUUCACAAUGGAUCCCAACGACAGUGAAGUGAAUGAAGAAAAAGAUUCACCGGUCAAAGCAAAAGAGAAACCAAAAACGAGUGUGGUCAAAGUUUCAACAUCGCCACCAACGUCAGCACAUCCGAUCGAACCAACGUUAGAGCCACCAGAACUGAAUAUCAACGCAGAGAUUGAUCUGCUGAACGAUUCCGUUACGUCCAUAUCGGACAGUGGUGAAUUCAAUGACAUCUCAAAAACCGAUUCGAUACUGACCGACGAGCAAGAUGUUGUCCAUGAGCUAGAACGAGAGUUCUUGCCCACCAUAACGAGUGUGACAUCGCUGCAUCCGAACGAAUUCAACGAUCUGAUGAAUUUCGAAUUGACGCCGUCGAACCAAAUGGAGAGUAUGGAAAUUUCAUAGCCAUGUCGUUGCUAGCUUUUUCCACCGUCGCACACACUCAGCCAUGUGAUUAAAAUAUAGAUAUCAUCCCAACUCAUUAUUACCAAAUGCCAUACCGUCGGUUUCGAUUACAAACCGAACACACAACAGAACGAAACGAAACAAAAACUAAGCUUAUCAUUUUUUUUCUCGGCAGUUUCGUUUGCUACAUAUAUUCAUUUCGUUUAACACCAUUUUAAAUGUAUUUGUGAAAUUUGGAAAUAGUUGCGAAAUUGCAGUUUGAGCUGAAAAGGGUUGUUAAAUGUUAGUAAUAAGUCUCUUUGUUACUAUAUUUAUUCUGUCACGAAUUUAUAACUAAGUACAUUUUGCAGAGAAACAGAACAAAUCAAAUUGCGUUACGUUAAAAGAAAAAUAAACCAAUCAGGAAGAGGUUAAAACUCGUAUCGGCGAAUCUAGUUCUAAUUUUUUUUUUGGUUUAUUUGAUUUCACCGUUAGAGAGAGCGAGAUAAAAAGCCGUGUAAAUCUCUUUGCGAUUUUUCGUAAGAGUGUUAAACUCUUCCAUAUUUUGCUUAAGAUUCAUUGCUUCCUUUAUGCUGUAUUUCCGUGUAUUUCACAUCUAGUUAUCGAAUUCUUAUGAACAGACAAAACAUACACACAUAAACAUUCUCUUUUUUUUGUGCAAAAUCCAAGCUAAACUAUUGGUUAUAUAUUUGAUGAGAGAAUAAAUAAGAAGAAGAAAAAUUCCUCUGUAAAAAUCAAAAUGAUAGCAUACAUAAGAAGAAAAAGUAAAUAAAUAAGAAGAUAACGGUACGAAUAAAUUCAAGAAAAUAAAAUGUAAAUAUAUUUUCAGAAGAAAAAAAAAACAUUCAUAAUAAAUGAACUGAAAUCAUAUCAUCA